UGCAAUGGAAAUUGGAACAAGGAGGCUCGCCGUGACUGUUGCGCUGUGCCUGACGUCUUUUCUGUCUUGUGAAGGGAAUUCAGAAAAAGGCAAUGCUUCCCUGUUGCACUUCACUUAUCCCCUUUACAACACGACAGUCUAUGAAAAUUCCCCUCCCAAAACCUACGUGGAGAGCUAUGUCAAAAUGGGCAUUUACAUCACGGACCCAGCAUGGGACAUCAGAUACAAGAUUGCCUCUGGGGACACGAGUGGCCUGUUUAAAACCGAGGAGCAUAUUGUGGGAGAUUUCUGCUUUUUGAGGAUCAGGACUAAAAGUGGUAAUACCGAGCGGCCAAACAGGGAGUUCAAAGACAAGUACGUGUUAAUAAUCCAAGCCUUGGAGAAAACAUUUGCCUAUGAGGCUUGGGCCAAAGUACUGAUCCACAUCCUUGACAGAAAUGACCUGAAGCCUCUGUUCUCACCACCCUCUUACAAAGUCACCAUCCAAGAAGAUACACCCCUGAAAACCUCCAUUGGUGCAGUCAGUGCCACAGAUGCUGAUGUUGGUCAGAAUGCAGAGUUCUAUUAUGCAUUUAGUACAAGGUCACCACUAUUUUCCAUUCACCCCACUAGUGGGGUAAUUAUGACUGCUGUGAAACUGAACUCCACCCACAGGGGGAUGCACCAGUUAAAGGUUCUGGCUGUGGACAGAAUGAAGAAGAUCUCUGAAGGAAGUGGCUUUGGAAAUGUGGCCAGUCUUACAAUCCAGGUGGAGCCAUCUAUCAAGAAACCCCCCAUUAUAACAUCAGUGAAGGUGAGGCCAUCCGAUUCUCCAGAGGAUCUCCUUUAUGCUACGUUGAGUGUGGAAGUAGAUGGAUCAGGAGCUGGGGUAGAUUCAGUUGACAUUGUGUCUGGAGAUCCAAGGAGGCACUUCAAAUCCAUUAGAUCCUAUGUGGGAAGUAAUGAGUUCAUGAUAGUGUCAGCCAGAGAGAUCAAUUGGAACGAUAACCCACAUGGUUUUAAUCUCAGCCUACGGGCUAAAGACAAAAACAAGCCACCUCUUCUUUCUCAGAUUGUAGUUAUUCAAAUACCACCUUCCAAAUAUGCCUCUGCGAGAUUUGAAAAAGAUCUGUAUCAUGUCCAGCUCAGUGAAUUUGCACCUCCUGGCAGUCAUGUUGCAAUGGUUCAGAUUAGUCCAGUUCUCCCAAAUCUAAAAUACAUUCUGAAACCCAGUUCUGGUAGCACAAGCUUUAAAAUCAACCCUCAGACAGGCCUGAUAACUACAGACAAACUAAUAGAUUUCCAGCAACAGUCCCACUUUGAACUCAAAGUUACAACAAGUUACAGUGAGGUCUUUGCCACUGUCUUGGUUGGUAUUAUUGAUUGCAACAACCAUGCUCCAAGCUUCAACCAACCAUCGUACCAUGGCAGCUUUGAUGAAAAUCUGCCUCUGGGCACCAGCAUCCUGUCAGUGAAGGCUACAGAUAGUGACUCUGGGGAGAACGGUUUCGUCACAUAUACCAUAGCCAAUCAGAGAGCUGUUCCAUUUGCCAUUGACCCAUUUUCAGGUAUCAUCUCCAUCUCCAAGUUAAUGGAUUAUGAGCUAAUGCAGAGGUUGUACCAUUUGCGUGUCUGGGCAUCAGAUUCGGGGUCUCCUUUUCGCCUUCAGACCGAGGUUUUCGUUUCCCUCAGAAUGAAUAACAUGAAUGAUAAUGCACCAGCAUUUGAGAAGAUUAACUGCAAUGCAAGUAUUCCAUGGGACUUACCUGUUGGCCACUCUGUGAUCACAGUGUCAGCCAUUGAUAAUGACGAGCUUCAGCCCAUCAAAUAUGAAAUCAUGUCUGGCAAUGAGAGGCAGCUUUUUGAAUUGGAUCCUGUGUCUGGGGUGAUUUCUCUUAGAGCUCCUCUAAGAGAUCUCCAUGAUAAACUAGCGACGUCCUACUCUUUAAAAAUCACAGCCACAGAUGGAGAAAACUCUGCUUUCCCAACCUAUGUAAAUAUCACUGUGGUCUACCAGGACAUCCAAGCAGACUUUCAGUGUGAGGAUACUGGGGUCCUGAAGGAACUAACUAAGACCAUGAUCCACUCUAUUGAAUCCCAGUCUCCAGAGCAAAAACCAGAUGAAGAUUCCUCCUUGAAUGUGCAUCUUAUAAACCAUCAUGCGCCACAGUUCGAUGAUGCCUUCCCAAGAUCUAUUGAUAUAAUGGAGACAAUCCCAGUCAACUCAACCAUUGCACAGCUGAGAGCUGUAGACAGUGAUACCGGCUUUAAUGGAAAGAUGGUCUAUGUCAUAUCUUCUGGGAAUGAGGAUGGUCGCUUUUACAUUGACACAGAAACGGGUCUCCUCCUGGUCUCCUCUCCUUUGGACCAUGAGAGAACCAGUUUCUACGUACUUAACAUUACAGUGUACGACCUAGGCAUUCCUCAGAAGUCAUCCUGGAAGUUGCUAGCAGUAAACGUUCUGGAUACAAAUGAUAACGCUCCUAAAUUUUCACAACAUACAUAUUUGGUUACUAUACCAGAGGAUGUAGAAAUGGGCACAACCAUCACCGUGGUGAAAGCCAAUGAUGCAGAUACAAAUGACAAUGGGAGAGUGAAAUAUUCCUUUCUGGCACCUUCUGAUAAAUUUGACAUCAAUAGCAUCACUGGUGAAGUAGCAGUGACUGUUCCCCUUGACAGAGAAUUGUGUCCUCAUUACAUAUUAAAAGUUGAAGCCAGAGACCAGCCAGUAACAGGCCAGCAGCUCUUUGCAGUGGCUGACCUGGUUAUUUCUUUGGAAGAUGUAAAUGACAAUUCUCCACACUGCAUCCCAACCUUGAAUAAGGUGAAGGUUCCUGAGGACCUGCCCCUUGGGACAACAUUGCUGUUCCUAGAAGCAUUUGAUCCAGAUAUUGCAUCUGGGGGAGAGCUGAAAUAUAGCCUGUUCAGAGAUGAUGAGGAUACGUUUCAACUGAAUGAGUUUACAGGGGCCCUGAUCUUGGAAAAAGAGCUGGACUACGAGAAGAGAGACUCUUACAAUCUAACUGUGAGAAUCAGCGAUGCUGGGACGCCCCUGUCUCUUUCUUCCCUCUGCCAUAUUGAGAUUGAUGUUCUGGACGUCAAUGAAAACUUGCGCCCACCUCGCUUUGCCUCUUUCGUGUAUGAAGGGUCGGUGAAGGAAAACAGACCAGAGGGGACAUCGGUGAUGACAGUGAUAGCGCAAGACGGCGAUAAAGGGAAAGAUGGAGAAAUCCAGUAUUUCAUCAGAGAGGGAACAGGCAUGGCUGUCUUUGAUAUUGAAAAGGACACAGGUACAAUCUUUACCACAGGUCUGCUAGACAGAGAAUCCAACAGUCAUUAUUGGUUGACGGUGCUAGCUGUCGAUAUAGGAUCAGUCCCUCUGUCUUCUGUGGUUGACAUUUACAUUGAAGUCACUGACGUAAAUGACAAUCCGCCUCAGAUGUCGAGACCGAUCUUUUAUGCCUCUGUCAUGGAAAAUUCCCCGGCCAACACCUCCAUCCUUCAGGUUGAAGCUACUGACCCAGAUUCUGGUUCCCAAGGGAAGCUGACCUUCCACAUCAUAAAUGAAAACCAUAAUAGUUUUUUCGCCAUUAAUCCUGUCACAGGUCUGAUUUAUACCACAUCUCGGCAGCUCGAUCGCGAAUACAGGGCUGAGCAUAUCUUAGAGGUCUCUGUUUCAGACAACGGGGAUCCAACUCUGAAAUCCACCAGUAGAGUUGUAAUCUACAUCACAGAUGUCAAUGAUAAUCCUCCCACAUUUUCCCAGAAGUUCUUCAUGGUUAAUCUACCACAGAAAACGGGAUCUGAGACUCCUUUGCCAGUCUACAGGAUGAUUGCCACAGAUCGGGAUGAGGGACUGAACUGCCAAGUCACUUACAGCCUUGAAGAAAACAAUGAUGGAUUCUUCAGCAUCCACCCAGUGACAGGCAUGGUCUUCUCCAAAAAGGCUUUUCCUGUCCAGGAGUACAAUAUAUUGACGGUCAAGGCUACUGAUGGCGGCAGCCCCCCACUCUCUUCCAGCGUGAGGUUACAUGUCAACUGGAUCCUUAAGCCCCUUCCAUCCUCGGAGCCUCUGACUUUUGAUGAGCCUCAUUUCAACUUUGCUGUCAUGGAAACAGACCCAGUGAACCACAUGGUGGGAGUGAUCAGCGUGGAGGCUGGGCUCGGCCAACUCUGGUUUAAUAUCACAGGUGGUGAUGAUGACAUGGAUUUUGACAUCGAGAAGAGCACUGGCAGCAUUGUUAUUGCGAGAACCCUGGAUGCAAAGAAAAGAUCGAACUACAACCUCACAGUGCAGGUCACUGAUGGAUCGAGCAUCAUCAAGACACAGGCCUAUAUCCGUGUGAUUGACAUUAACCAGCAUUCCCCCAAGUUCUUGGAGUAUCAAUAUGAGGCUCACAUUCCAGAAGACACGCCUCCUGGGACAGAAAUUGCCUGGGUCCGUGCAACAGACAAGGACCAUGGGAAAGGACUGAUCUACACCCUUCAGAGCAGCGUGGAUCCCAGAAGCAUGAAGCUUUUUCAGAUGGACCCAAGCAGUGGCACACUCAUGAUGACGGCAGCGCUUGAUUCGCAAUCCAUGUCUCUGCACACCUUGACAGUCAUGGUGCGAGACCAGGAAGUCCCGGUCAAGCGAGACUUUGCCAGAAUUAUCAUCCACGUAGAGGACUGCAACAGCCACCCUCCCCAGUUCUCCAGCCUCCAUUACAAGGCGGAAGUUCUGGAUGCGGCCCCAAUAGGCACAGAGGUUGUGCAAGUCCGAGCCCUGGAUCAAGACCGAGGAGUUAAUGCUGAAAUCCACUACUGCCUUGAGGCAGGGAACAUCGGAGACUUCUUUGCUAUAGACAAGUUCUCUGGAAUUAUUACAGUGUCUCAGAAGCUGGAUCAGGCCAAGCAAGAGAGAUUUGUUCUCACUGUAAAGGCAGAAGAUCAAGGGUUUCCACAACUGAAGGACUCUGCUACUGUGAACAUUUUUAUGAAGCCUUCUGAUGGCACACCUCCACAAUUUUCAGAGGAGGAGUACGUUAUAGAGAUCAGUGAAUCUGCUGUCAUUGGCUCUCCUGUCAUCCUUGUUUCAGCCACGAGCCUUUCGUCUGUUACCUAUGAAGUAAAAGAAGGAGACAAAGAUGGCUUAUUUUCCAUCAACUAUCAAUCUGGCCUUAUUUCAACACAAAGGAAUCUAGAUUUUGAGCAGGCUUCAUCUUAUCAGCUGAAAAUCCGGGCCACCAAUAUGGCAGGGGCAUUUAUGGAUGUUCUGGUGUUUGUUUAUGUCAUAGAUGAGAAUGACAAUGUGCCUAUCUUUUCUAAGCCUUCCUUUGUUGGCCGGAUCAAUGAGAACGUUCCAUUGGGAAGUAUGAUUAUGGAUGAAAACAAUGCACCGCUUGUGAUUCAUGCGUCAGAUGCUGACCGAGAUUCUAAUGCCUUGUUGGUCUAUGAAAUUUUGCAGCCAGAGGCACUGGAUUUUUUCAAAAUUGAUCCAAGCAUGGGCACUCUUACUACUUGUGCAGAAAUUGAUUACGAGCGUGUCCCAGUUCAUCACUUCAAUGUCCAUGUGCGUGACAGUGGGAAACCCAAUUUAUUUGCUUCCAAACCCACUGAGGUCACCAUUUAUAUCAAGGAUGUCAAUGAUUGUCCUCCUGUGUUUACAAAAGAUAUUUAUGAACUUUCUGUAGGGCUUCCUGUCCAUCACGGGAUGGAGCUUUAUACCGUACAUGCAGAAGAUGUGGACUCUGAGAUAGCCUACAAUAUAGUGGAAGGGAAUCCUGAUCACAUUUUCUACAUUCAUCCAACAACUGGCCUCAUCUCUGUGUUGAAUGCUACCACCUUAGAACGCUAUCAUGAACUCACAGUUAGAGCUGGAGAUGGUUUAUAUACAGCGAAUGCUAUGGUUAGGAUUAAUUUUAUUGAACCACAAGACAGCACCUUAAAAUUUGAUCGAGAGUUAUAUACAGCAACAGUGAAGGAAAACACCACAGAUAUCCAAACUCUGGUUGCUCUUGGUGUCAUUGGGAAUCAACUGAAUGAACCCCUCUUCUACUCCAUCAUGAAUGGCACAGAGAAGUUCAGGGUGAUCCAGUCUUCAGGAGUGCUACAGACCAAGGGCGUAGAAUUUGAUCGUGAAACUCAAGACACUUAUGAUAUUGCAGUGGAAGUAAAGGACAUUAGAAAUCCACCAAGGGUGUCUCAAGCAAUGCUCAAAAUCUAUGUGGACGACAUUAAUGACAAUGCACCCCAUUUUGAAAAUGUGCCAUAUUAUAUAGCUAUGCAGGACGGCACUGAGCCAGGUGAUGUCAUCUUUCAGGUUUCUGCAACUGACUGGGAUCUGGGGAAUAAUGGAGUCAUUUUUUAUUCCUUUGCAGAAGAUUACAAGUAUUUCCGGAUUGACCCUUACUUAGGGGACAUCUCACUCAAGAAACCCCUUGAUUUUCAAACUCUAAAUAAAUACAUACUAAAAGUGAUUGCCAGAGAUGCCGGUGAACCUCCCUUGUAUGCUGAAGAAGAGGUUCUGAUCAUGGUGAGGGACAAAUCCAACCCUCUCUUCCAAAGCCUCUUCUAUACUGUGAAAGUGCCUGAAAACAUUCCACUCUACACACCUGUUCUCCACAUCCAGGCUCGGAGCCCUGAAGGCUUGCGUUUAAUAUACAACAUUGUGGAAGAAGGAGCUCUUAAACAUUUCAACAUUGACUUCAAGACCGGUGUGCUUAUGGUCACCAGCCAACUAGACUAUGAAUCGGACACAAAACAUGCCUUUACAGUCAGAGCUACAGACACAGCAAUGGGUGCCUUUUCAGAAGCAAUGGUAGAAGUAGAGGUUGAGGACAUUAAUGACAAUCCUCCUGAAUUCUCUCAGGUGGUUUAUAGUGCGUCAGUCACCGAAGGCCUGCCAGCUCAGACCCCCGUCAUACAGCUCCUUGCUACUGACAGAGAUUCAGGGAGGAACAAAGUGGUUUCAUAUCAGAUCUUGGAAGACCGUUCAGAUGCGUCAAAGUUGUUUAAUGUGGAUCCCAGCACAGGUGAAAUAACAACAACUCAGGUUCUAGAUUAUGAAGCCAACCAUGAAUUUCGCAUUAGAGUGAGAGCCACAGACCAUGGGAUGCCUCCUCUCAGCACUGAAGCCCUUGUGGUGAUCAGUGUGUUAGACAUCAAUGACAACCCACCCAAGUUCAGUCAGCUUCACUAUGAAGCCAAUGUGAGCGAAAUGGUUCCCUGUGGCCAUGUUGUGAUAAAAGUCCAGGCUUUUGACCCUGAUAGCAGGGACACCCGUAGAUUGGAAUAUCUGAUCCUUUCAGGGAAUGAGAAAAGGCAUUUCACCAUUGACAGCACUUCUGGAAUCAUUUCCACACUGAAUCGUUGCAAAAGGGACCUGGAGUCUUUUUACAACCUCAGAGUCUCUGCAUCAGAUGGCGUGUUUAAAACCACAGUGCCAGUAUACAUCAAUACCACAAAUGUAAAUAAAUACAGUCCAUCAUUUCAGCAGGAUGUAUAUGAAGCAGUAUUGGCUGAAAAUGCCAAGGUUGGAACCAAAGUGAUUGAAUUGCUAGCCACUGACCCAGAUGAUGGUCCGUAUGGCACUGUAGAUUACACCAUCAUAAACAAGCUUGGCCAAGAGAAAUUUGCAAUAGAUGACAAGGGACGCAUUGAAACGCUGCAGAAGUUGGACAGAGAAAAUUCCACAGAGAGAGUUGUUGCUAUUAAAAUCAUGGCCAAGGAUGGGGGUGGAAAGGUGGCAUUCUGUACUGUCAAAAUCAUACUCACAGAUGAAAAUGACAACCCACCACAGUUCAAAGCUUCUGAAUACAUCUUGUCUAUCCAGUCCAAUGUGAGCAGAGGGUCACCGGUCAUUCAAGUUCUAGCUUAUGACGCUGAUGAAGGAGUGAAUGCUGACGUCACCUACUCUGUUGAUUCAGUGGAGGAGGUUAUUGCAGAGGAUGUGAUUGAGAUUAACACUGCAACUGGAGUUGUUCAAGUCAAAGAGAGUCUCCGCAGGCUAGAAAACAGGACAGUGAACUUCAAAGUCAAAGCUGAAGAUGCAGGACCUCCCAAUUGGAAUUCUGUUGUUCCAGUGAAUCUUCAAGUUGUUCCAAAGGAGGUGUCCUUGCCAAGGUUUUCUGAGCCGCUAUACACCUUCUCAGCAUCUGAAGACCUCCCGGAGGGAUCCGAAAUAGGAUCAGUUAGAGCUGUGGCAGAGGACCCUGUCAUCUAUAGUUUGGUGAAAGGUACCACUGCCGAAAGCAAUAAAGAGGGGAUAUUUGCUUUGGAUAAACAAACAGGUACCUUGACUAUUGAGAAGGCAAUGGAUCAUGAGAAGAUGAAAUGGUACCAGAUUGAUGUUUUGGCUCACUGCUCACACCAGGAUACUGACUUGGUCUCUUUGGUGUCCAUCAACAUCCAUGUAAAAGAUGUCAAUGACAACAAGCCUGUUUUUGAGGCUGAUCCUUACAGGGCCUUUGUAAUGGAGAACAUGCCACCAGGAACUACCGUGAUUCAGGUCACUGCCAAUGAUCAAGAUACUGGAAGUGAUGGGCAAGUGAGCUAUAGUUUAGGAUCAGAACCAAGCAACAUCAGAGAGCUCUUCACCAUUGACAGUGAAAGUGGUUGGAUCAUGACUCUUAAAGAGCUAGAUUGUGAGGUUCAAGAAACCUACCAGUUUUUUGUUGUGGCAUCAGACCAUGGUAGGAAACACCAGCUUUCUUCUCAAGCCCUUGUGGUGGUCACCAUAACUGAUGAAAAUGACAAUGCUCCGCAGUUCACCUCUGAAAUCUACAAAGGGUCCGUGGUUGAGAAUGCUGAGCCUGGGCAAACGAUCACCACUCUUAGAACUGUAGACAGUGAUAUUUCAGAGCAGAACAGACAAGUCACAUGUUACAUCACUGAAGGAGAUAUCUUGGGACAGUUCAGCGUUGCUGAAGUUGAUGGAGAAUGGAGGGUUUUUUCCAAGAAGCUUCUGAACAGGGAAGAAAGAGAAAAAUAUCUGCUCAAAGUCAUGGUAUCUGAUGGAAAGUUUCAAGCAGCAACAGAAGUGGAGAUUUCAGUCCUUGAUGUCAAUGAUAACAGCCCUGAAUGCAAGCAGACACCGUACGAAGAGAGAGUUUCAGAAGAUGCACCUCAAGGGUUUUCUAUUUUGAAAGUGUCAGCCACAGAUGUUGAUGUUGGUAGCAAUGGCCAAAUUACCUAUAGUCUCCAUGGAUCUGGUGCUGAUGAGUUCAGAUUAGACCCCCAUACAGGGGAGUUGACCACAUCUUCAUUACUUGACCGGGAGCUGAAGCCCAAGUAUCAGCUUGUUGCCAAGGCAACAGAUGGAGGAGGACGUUUUUGCCAGGUGGGCAUAACUGUGGACCUAGAGGAUACAAACGACAAUGCUCCCAGGUUCUUUCCCAGUCAUUGUGCAGUAGCUGUCUUUGAUAACACCACAGUAAAGACUCCCGUGGCAGUUGUCUCCGCAAGGGACCCUGAUGAAGGUCUUAAUGCAGAAGUUGUCUAUGCUCUUCCUGAGUCAGCUAAUGGCCACUUUUCAAUAGAGGAGGCAACUGGUGUGAUCCGGCUGGAGAAGCCUCUAAAAGAAUCACAGGUGACUGCGCUGGAGCUCACCGUGUGUGCCACGGACAGGGGUUUUCCACGCUCCCUCUCCUCCUUUGCUACUGUCACCGUCUCAGUGGUGGAUCUGAAGGAAUAUCUGCCAGUGUUCCUGGAUACGGAAUAUGUGGUUGUGGUACAGGAAGACGUGGCUGUUGGCACAGAGAUUCUGAAUCUGUCUUCAUUAACAAGGGACAGUGCUAAGGGCACCGAGAUCAAGUAUGAAAUUAUGAAUGGAAAUGUUCAUGGGAAAUUGAGGCUCCAUUCCAGCACAGGCAUCCUGUAUGUUAAUGGAAGCCUGGAUUUCGAAGUUAGCCAUGAAUAUUACUUGUCUGUCGAGGGUAUAAGAAAGGGCUCUGCUUCUCUCAGUGACAUCACCAUGGUUGUGAUCAACGUCACGGACAUAAAUGACCACGUGCCAAUGUUCAGCCAAGACCCGUACAUUGCCGACAUCCGUGAAGAUGCAGCUGUUGGUGAAAUGGUGCUCACGGUUCUAGCAGAUGACAAGGAUGGGAUGAUGAACAACCAGAUCACAUACUCAAUUGUGGUAGGGAAUCCACUGGGCCAUUUCAUCAUUGAUCCCAAAGGUGGACAAAUCCAUAUUGCCAAGCACCUGGACAGAGAAGAAAUAUCCAGCUAUUCUCUCAAAGUCCGAGCCACUGACAAUGGACAGGUGCCUUUUUUCAAUGACACCACUGUACUCAUUCGGGUGUCUGAUGUCAAUGAUAACCCACCCAGGUUCUUUCAGCUCAAUUACAGUGUGACUGUUCAGGAGAACUCUCCAGUUGGCAGUAGUGUCCUGGAGCUAAUCAUGAGUGACAGAGACUCCCCAGAGAAUGGUCCUCCAUAUUCUUUCCAAAUCACUGAUGGGAAUGAUGGAAAGGCAUUCCAGAUCAAUCAGGAUGGAGUGUUGCUGACAUCAUCCAUCCUGAACAGAAGAACAAAAGAACAAUACCUUCUGCAAGUCCAGGUCACAGACAGUGGUAUCCCUCCUCUCUCUUCAUCUGCAUUUGUAAACAUCAAGGUGACGCAGCAAAGCAGAUAUCCACCUUCAGCCCUCUCUCUGGAGAUUUUCAUCAGUACUAAUGAAAGAGCAUUCCGCGGUGGGGUUCUUGGCAAAAUUCAUGCCACAGAUCGAGACCCUCACGAUACUCUGCUGUACACUCUGGAGUCGGAAGUGCCGGAAAAGAGACACUUCUCCGUGGGGGCUACAGAUGGGAAGAUAAUUGCAGACGGAAGUCUCCCGCACGGUCACUAUGCCCUGAAUGUAACUGUCAGUGAUGGGACCUUUGCAGCCACAACCAGCGUCCACAUCCACGUGUGGUCCUUCAGCCAGGAAGCUGUGGAUAAGGCGGUGGUGCUGCACUUCCGCCACCUCACCCCCGAGGAGUUUAUAGGCGAUCACUGGCGCAACCUGCAAAGGUUUCUGGGAAGCAUCUUCGAAACCAGGAGGCAGAACAUUCACAUGGCUAGCUUGCAGCCUUCAGGUGCUACCAAUGGAGUGGACCUUCUGCUGGCCAUUGGGGAGCCUCAUCUUUCGUUCUUUCAGCCCAGCUUCCUUGCUAACCGGAUUUCUGAGUCAGCUGAAGAGAUGGACCAGCGAGUAGGACUGAAGAUGAAGAAGGUGACUCAUGUCCCAUGCCAGGAGGGGGGCUGUACCACUCAGCGAGCUUGCAAAGAGACAAUGCAGCUUGACCCAGGCAUGGUGUUCACUUACAGUACUGCCCGACUCAGCGUUCUCACUCCUCGGCACAGUUUGGAACAAAUGUGUUCUUGCAAUGGUACAGCCUUGAAGUUCAGUGGACACAGCUACAUAUGGUACCAUCACCAAGGUAAAAGGGAUUGGCAAAUGCAGUUCCAUUUGAAAACCCACCAGCUCCAUGCCGUCCUGCUCACUACCAAUGGAACCAAUAGUGCAGUUCUGCAGCUUGUGAAUGGAGUGCCUCGCCUUGGGUACAGAUGUCGGAGCGGUUUCAGCGGUAACCUUUCGUCCAGCCAAUUUGUGGGUGACAGGAAGUGGCACUCUGUCUUCCUGGAAGUGAAAGGCGAUUCCAUCCGUUUGCUUGUUGACAGCUUGGGAAAUGCCUCUCUGCAGCUCCCCGAGGCCUGCAACCCUUCCCAUUCCAGGAGAGAUCUGCUCAUUGGAGGGUUUGUGCAGCAUCAUCAGGCUCAGAGGGUCACUGAUGGGUUCAGAGGGUGCCUGAAUGCCAUUACGCUCGAUGGAAGAGACCUGGUGGUCUUACCAAAGGAAAAGAGGUCCAGGGGUGUUGUUGAAGAGGCAGGCGUUCGGCAAUGCUGCCCACACACCGGUGCCUGUAGGAGCAACCCGUGCCUCAAUGACGGACUCUGCAUUGAGAUACAAGGUGGAGGUUAUUCUUGCAUCUGCCCCAUACAGUUUUCUGGAGACCACUGCGAAGUUGCUGAUAACCUUUGUGAAGGCAAGCCCUGUUUGAAUGGGGGGAGUUGUGCCCUCUCCGAGAAAGGCGGCUAUACCUGCCAUUGCCCAGAGUGGUACUGGGGAGAAAGAUGUGAAAAAGUUGCGGAGAAAUGCCUGGAAAACCCAUGUCUGAACUCUGCGCGCUGUGUGAAUUCUGAUGGUUCCAUUCACUGCAUCUGCACGGGCGACUUCCAGGGGGCAUUCUGCACGCAGAAAAUUGUGACUCCAACGAUUAGUCCAUCCAGCUGGAUCUUGGGGCCUGGAGAGAUUGCCGAGAUUUCCGCUGGGCUGUUAGGUGUCCUCAUCCUGGUGACAGCGUUUAUACUCAUCCGCAAAUUCUACUGCCACAAAGUCAAGGCUCACAAGCCUGUGGCCAAAGAAGACCCAGACCUGCUCUCCAAAAGCGAAUUAUCCAAAAGUGUCGGGGUUGGCACUCAAGGUCUUAACCCCAUCGAACUAAACAUCCUCAGCGACGGUCACCACCACCAUCUCGAUGCACUAGACCCAGUGUACCCAGGAGAAACAACCUACUGGCCUCCAAGAUACCAGCCAGCAGAUCUCCAAGAGUACCAUCAGUAUGAAGUGAUUCAAGGCCCUCUUCCACCUUCUCCAUGCCGUAGGCAGCCUCCUCCUUCCGUAGACUCAGAUACAACAGGCCUUUACGGGGGCUUUCCUUUCCCGCUUGACCAAAGCAACAAGCGGGCCCCAAUACCACCCCGCUACAGCAACCAGAAUCUGGAAGACUUCUUACCUCCUGGUCCUGGAGAGCUACCUGCUUCCCAGUGCCAGAAUGAAUAUACUGCCAUUAGCUACUACCCUUCCCAGCGGGUAGAGAACGAAGGGCCACCUUACCAUCCAGACAGUGGGUACAAGAGAGUAAGCAUGCGACUCAGUGUGGCCCAGCCAUCCUACGCAGACUGUGAGGUGAGGCCUACGUCCACUAUCAGAACUCAGCCAGUACCGCCUCCCAGUUAUGAGGGCUCUGACAUGGUGGAGAGUGACUAUGGGAGCUGCGAGGAGGUGAUGUUUUAGUGGGACUUGUGUUUGAAACGGGGAGGACUUCCAAUUUCAUCUGCACAAUGAAGGAGAGGCAACUUUCUUUGGAGUGUCCCUUUCCCGGAACAUGUGACUUCCUGUGGUAUUCUAAGCAGCCUCAUCCAUGCACAUAGUUACACUGAAAAUUACCAUUGGUGCCACAGCCCUGGUCAACAACCACUUCUGCUUUGGACUGGAUUCCAAAGAGAGCUUGUUUGUUUUUUGAGCUGGAUUGUAUCUGGAGAGCAAAAGAG